AUGAGCCCGACCACGCCCUCGGGAGAGUGGUUCCUGAACCUGUGGGUGCCCCCCGCCGGGGUAUUUGGUGUGGCCUUCCUUGCCCGUGUGGCCCUGGUUUUCUAUGGGCUCUUCCAGGACCGGACCCUGCUCGUGAGGUAUACAGACAUCGACUACCAGGUCUUCACCGACGCCGCGCGUUUCGUCACGGAAGGGCGCUCCCCUUACCUGAGGGCGACGUACCGUUACACUCCGCUGCUGGGGUGGUUCCUCACUCCCAACAUCUAUCUCAAUGAACUCUUUGGAAAGUUUCUCUUCGUCAGCUUCGACCUCCUCACCGCCUUCCUCUUAUACCGGCUACUGCUUCUUAAGGGGCUGGGUCGCCGCCAGGCUUGCGGUUACUGUGUCUUUUGGCUUCUUAACCCCCUACCUAUGGCGGUGUCCAGCCGAGGCAAUGCGGACUCAAUCGUCUCCUCCCUGGUGCUUAUGACACUGUACCUAAUAGAAAAAAGGCUCGUCGCGUGUGCCGCUGUAUCCUAUGGUUUCGCAGUGCAUUUGAAGAUGUAUCCGGUGACCUAUAUCCUUCCCAUAGCACUCCACUUGCUUCCGGAACGCGACAGUGACGAAGGCCUCCGUCAAUCCCGGUGUUCUUCCCAGGCUCGUCUGUAUGAAUUCCUGAAGAGGCUGUGUAAUCGGGCUGUGCUGCACUUCGUAGCCGUUGCUGGACUCACGUUUUUUGCCCUGAGCUUCGGUUUUUACUACAAAUAUGGUUGGGAGUUUUUGGAGCACACCUACCUUUAUCACCUGACCAGGCGGGAUAUCCGUCACAACUUCUCUCCAUACUUCUACAUGCUGUAUUUGACCGCAGAGAGCAAGUGGAGUUUUCCCCUGGGAAUUGCUGCAUUCCUGUCACAAUUCAUCUUGCUUUCAGCAGUGUCUUUCGCUUAUUACAGAGACCUUGCCUUUUGUUGUUUUCUUCAUACGUCUAUUUUCGUGACAUUUAACAAAGUCUGCACCUCCCAGUACUUUCUUUGGUACCUCUGCCUCCUGCCUCUUGUGAUGCCACUAGUGAGAAUGCCUUGGAGAAGAGCUGUGGUUCUCCUGAUGUUAUGGUUCAUAGGGCAGGCCUUAUGGCUGGCUCCUGCUUAUGUUCUUGAGUUUCAAGGAAAGAACACCUUUCUGUUUAUCUGGUUAGCUGGUUUGUUCUUCCUCCUUAUCAACUGUUCCAUCCUCGUUCAAAUCAUUUCCCAUUACGAGGAGGAACCCCUGACAGACAGAACCAAAUAUGACUGA